GGAGCCUUGCCUGGAGCUGGAUCCUUGCAGGCUUUUCCUCCAGAGGCUCCAUUUCCUCCAGGCAGGAUUUCUGCUCAGUGAGAGCCCCGGCCAGGGAAGGGGAGGGACUCCUGACCUGGAGGCAGUGCGGAGGAGGAAGGCUGCGUCCACAAAGUCCCAGUGCGAACGUCCUGCCUCGGUUGUCCUCACCGGAGACAGAUGAAGGAUUAGACUUGGGGGCAGCAGGUCCCAAUGUGGGGAUUUCAUUUCUGGAGCAAAGGAAGAGACGAUUUCGUCUUUGCAAUCUGCUGUUUCAGGGAAGGUUUUCCAGCAUGCAGCAGCAAGACGGGGAAAGGAAAGAGGAAAAGCUGGAGCCAGAGCCACCGGCAGCAACGGGAGACGCAAGCCGAGGCACAGGUGGAGGGUGGGCAUGGGUAGCGGUGCUCCACUUCUUCCUGGUCAAUGUGCUCGUGAUGGGAAUGCUCAAGACCUUUGGCAUUUUCUUCGUGGCUUUUCAAGAGGAGGUGGGGGGCUCCUCGGAGCAAGUCAGCUGGAUCGGCUCCAUCAUGUCCUCGCUGCGGUUCCUGGGAGCCCCGCUGGUGGCCAUGGUGUGCAGGAGGCUGGGUGAGCGGCCAACCUCCAUCAUUGGGGCCGGCUUGGUCAGCGGCGGCUGCCUGCUCAGCACGCAGGCCACCAGCGUCCCCUUCCUCUGCAUCUCCAUGGGACUCCUCCUGGGCAUGGGGUUCUGCUGCCUUUACCAGGCAGCAGCAGUGAUGACGGCCAAGCGCUGCAGGAAGCGGCUGGCGUUCUCCAACGCCAUCGCCCGCUCGGGAAUGGGACUGACGUUCCUGAUAGCACCCUUCACACAGCUUCUCAUCGAUUCCUAUGGCUGGCAAGGUACUCUCCUGAUUUUUGGAGGCAUCAUGCUAAACCUCGUGCCUUCCAGCAUGCUGCUGCGUCCCAUCAGCACCCAGCUGCCUCAACACUCCUCUGCUAAAAGCCAUGACAGUGAGUCUUCAGUGCCAAAAAAAGAUUCAGAAACCCUUGCUAGACACCUGGAUGAAGCCCCUGGCACGGGAGUGCAGCUCGGCCACACACAGGACCUGCCCACCACAGAGCAACCCACGGCACGCUGCAGUGGAAACAUCUCUGGGCCGGCAAUUGCGGAGGCGUCGGAAGGGCUGGAGAAAGCCCCUGCAGACCACAGCUCCCCAGAAAUAGCCAGCGAGGACAUGAGUAGCUGUAAACCCCUCCCAGUGACCGAAGAAGAAAAUCCACAGCCUCUCCUCGACUUUUCCCCUUUGAAGGAUCCCCUCUUCUGCAUUUUUACAUGGUCUUUUUUGUUCAGCCACUUGGCCUACUUCGUGCCCAUCUUCCACCUGGUAGCAAGAGCCAGGACGCUGGGCAUAAGCAGCAUGGAUGCUUCUUACCUCAUUUCAGUGGCUGGCAUCACAGAGACAGUCAGCCAACUUCUCUCGGGGUGGAUCGCCGACCAGAACUGGACCAAGAAGUACCACUACCACGCAGCUUACCUGGUGCUCUGCGGCAUCACCAACCUUCUCUGCCCUCUGGCCACCACGUUCCCGCUGCUCAUGACCUACGCUGUGGCCUUUGCCAUUUUCUGUGGUGGAUUCCUGGCUCUGGUGCUCCCCGUGCUGGUCGAUCUUGUUGGUGUGCCAAAACUCCACAGCUACUUGGGAUUUGCUUCCUUCUUUGCUGGGAUAGCAGCCAUCGGUGGACCUCCUCUAGCAGGAAACCAAGACAGUUUUGAGUAUCUGGCAGAUUUCAAGCACUCAGAAAUGAGCUUCUGUUCACAAGAGGGGCUCAUUCUCUUCCACACAUCCAGGCCAGGACAAAACUCAUCCUUUCCCUGACCCUUAGUCACACCUCAUAUCCAGAACGAAGAUCUCAGCUGUUCCUACAAUGAAAGUGAACAGAAAAAGCUGCAAGGUCAAACACUGGUGUGAACGAUGUCCCACGACUCAGCUAGCAGAUGUGCCCUGGACUCAGACUAAAACCUGGCAAACCGUUCUUCCUCUGCUGUUCCCUGCCCCGCGCUGGCAGCUGCCCCACGCCUGCAGGCACAUUUGGCUCCAAACUGGCAAGUAUUCUGAAAUACCACCUCCGUGCUGCAAAGUUUUAGCAAGCCUGCUGUACUGCAGGCAUGAGAAAGAUUGAUUUCCCUAAUCAAUAUUUC